GCGCUGCUGUCGCGCGGUCCGGCCGUAAAGCGCAGGCGGGAAAUCAAGGAAGGGAAGGGAGAAGGUCGCGCUCCGGAGGGGAAGCCGGCACAGAUACUUCAGGGUAAGGCGAGUGUUGGACUGAGAAGACCCUGGUUUGAAUCCCUCCUGCCACGAAGCUCCCUGGGUGACCUUGGAGCACUUACAAACUCCCAGCCUCACCUACCUCGCAAGGUUUGUUGUGAGGACGAAAGAGGAGGAAAAGCAACACAUUGCCACCUUGAGCUCUUUUGAGGAAAGGUGGAACGCGGUCAGCAGUCUACUUCGUGCUCCAGAUGUAGUCAUAUUAGUGCUGAAAGUGGGAAAUAGCAACUCGGGAUUUAUCUGUGGGGCUCGGAAAGGGCUAAAGGACCCUCAUCAAGAUGUUCCUCCGACUCUUGUCUGAUGUCCGGUGGCAAAGAGCUAGCCCUGGAUGGAGAAGCAUGACCAGCUCCCGGCACAGUAGCACAACUGGAGCAGAACCUCACCUAACCCCUCUGCCAUCACAUGCACAGGUGGUUAUCUGUGGGGGUGGAAUCAUGGGUACAUCAGUGGCAUAUCACCUCUCCAAACUUGGGUGGAAGGACAUCGUCUUACUGGAGCAGGGCAGACUAGCUGCUGGUUCCACAAGAUUUUGCGCGGGCAUCGUAAGCACAGCGCGGCACUUGUCCAUCGAGCUGAAGAUGGCCGACUACUCCAACAAACUGUAUCAGCAACUCGAGCAAGAGACUGGGGUAAAAACAGGUUACGUGAGGACUGGCUCUAUCUCUCUAGCUCAGACGCAAGACCGGCUGAUCUCCCUGAAGCGCAUAGCCUCACGGCUCAAGGUCAUGGGGAUCCCAUGUGAGCUCAUCCCGCCCAAGAGAGUGACACAGCUCCACCCACUUCUCAACAUCCACGACUUGGUGGGGGCCAUGUACCUCCCAGAGGAUGCUGUCGUUUCAUCGGCCGAUGUGAGCCUCGCCUUGGCCAGUGCUGCCUCUUUGCAUGGUGCCCAGAUCCAUGAGCGGACAAGUGUUAUCCACGUCUUGUGCCAAAAGGGUUGUGUGGCUGGAGUGGAGACUGACAGAGGGAUGAUCGAGUGCCAGUAUUUUGUUAACUGUGCUGGGCAGUGGGCUUACGAGCUGGGCCUUUCCAACGAGGAACCGGUCAGCAUCCCUCUGCACGCCUGCGAGCACUUCUACCUCCUGACCCGGCCCUUGAAGACGCCGCUGGAGAGCAGCACACCAACUAUUGUGGACCCUGAUGGGAGAAUCUACAUCCGCAGCUGGCAGGGGGGCAUCCUUUCAGGUGGCUUUGAGAAGAACCCCAAGCCGAUCUUCACGGAGGGCCGGAAUCAGCUGGAGAUACACAACCUGCAAGAGGACUGGGAUCACUUUGAGCCACUUCUGAGUGCCCUUCUGCGGAGGAUGCCAGAUCUGGAGGCGCUGGAGAUCGUGCAGCUGGUGAAUUGCCCAGAAUCCUUCACUCCAGACAUGCGGUGCAUCAUGGGAGAGUCGCCCAAUGUGCAGGGCUACUUUGUCCUGGCAGGGAUGAACUCAGCUGGCACGUCUUUUGGUGGAGGAGCAGGCAAGUACAUGGCUGAAUGGAUGGUGAACGGCUACCCCUCGGACAACGUGUGGCCCCUGGACCUGAAGCGCUUUGGGGCUCUGCAGAGCAGCCGCACCUUCCUCCGCCACCGUGUCAUGGAAGUGAUGCCCCUGAUUUAUGACCUGAAAGUUCCCCGGUGGGAUUUCCAGACUGGCAGGCAGCUACGCACAUCACCCCUCUAUGACCGGCUGGACGCACAAGGAGCCAGGUGGAUGGAGAAACAUGGCUUUGAGAGGGCCAAGUACUUUGUGCCGCCUGGGAAAGACUUGCUGGCCCUGGAUCAGAGCAAGACCUUCUACAAGCCAGACUGGUUUGACAUUGUGGGGGCAGAGGUCAAGUGCUGCAAGGAGGCCGUCUGCGUCAUUGACAUGUCCUCGUUCACCAAGUUUGAAAUAAGUUCCACAGGGGACCAGGCCCUGGACAUCUUGCAGUAUCUCUUCUCCAAUGACCUGGAUGUGCCAGUGGGGCACAUAGUGCACACAGGGAUGCUCAAUCACAAUGGAGGAUACGAGAACGACUGCAGCAUCGUCCGCCUAAACAAGCGCAGCUUCUUCAUGAUUUCCCCCACAGACCAACAAGUCCAUUGCUGGUCCUGGUUGAAGAAGCACAUGCCUGUUGACAGCAACCUGUUCUUGGAAGACGUAACCUGGAAGUACACAGCAUUGAAUCUGAUUGGCCCACGCGCUGUGGACGUCCUGUCAGAGCUGUCCUAUGCUCCGAUGACCCCAGAGCACUUUCCUUCCCUCUUUUGCAAGGAGAUGAGCGUGGGCUACGCCAACGGCAUCCGAGUCAUGAGCAUGACGCACACUGGAGAACCGGGAUUCAUGCUCUACAUCCCCAUUGAGUAUGCUCUGCACGUGUACAACGAGGUGAUGAGCGUGGGGCAGAAGUACGGGAUCCGGAAUUCUGGCUACUACGCCCUCCGCAGCUUACGCAUUGAGAAGUUCUUUGCCUUCUGGGGCCAAGACCUGGAUGCUUUCACCACGCCGCUGGAAUGUGGGCGCGAGUUCCGGGUUAAACUAGAGAAGGGCACUGACUUCAUAGGGCGGGAGGCGCUGAUGCAGCAGAAGCAGGAAGGGGUCUACAAGCGCUUCAUCAUGUUCGUCCUUGAGGACCACGACACAGACUUGGACCUGUGGCCCUGGUGGGGGGAGCCCAUCUACCGGAACGGCCAGUAUGCCGGCAAGACCACCAGCAGUGCCUAUAGCUACACACUGGAGCGGCACGUCUGCCUGGGCUUCGUUCUGAACGUGGACCCAGAGACUGGUGAGGAGCAGCCGGUGACGCCCGACUUCGUCAACCAGGGCGAAUAUGAGAUUGAUAUUGCAGGGCAGCGCUUCCAGGCCAAGGCCAAGCUUUAUCCCUUCACCUCCCUCUUCACGACCCGCCGGCGCAAGGAUGAAAUGGAGUUCAGUGGCUUCCAGGGGAAAUAACUCAGUGCUGCAUCUUUCAGACUUUUUAUGCUGCUGCUCGUUGGGACUUUGUAUAGCCCCUCUGGUCUGUUACAUUUUGUACAUCAUAACACUUUUUUUUUCUUUCCCUCUCUCCUCCUCUCCUCUUCCAUACAUACAUAUCUCUUCUUUUUUGCUCAUCCUGGUUGUUUUCCAACGUUGGCUGAAGCCACUGAGCUCCAGGCCAAAAGGGCUCUGUUGUGUCCUGAGCUCCAGCCUCCGCUUGUCCAAUCAGCGAGGACCCAUGUGCCCUGAACAUUGGCUGUGGCCUGGUGGGGCCUCUUGCGCUUGGAAGCAGCCUCGGGCCCUUGGGAUCUCUCCUCUCCUACAAUGUGCCACAUCACCCCAGGGCCCACCAGGCACCUGUGCACCAACACCCAGUGGCCAGCCAUCGUCCUUUCCAGUUUUCUUCCUUGUGCUGCCUGUCGGAGAGGCCAGCAGGCAUUGUAAGGAAACAGCGAGUUUUUCCCCACGAUAGGAGUGGGUGUGAACAAUCUAUGAGCUGCACCACACAGGGUCAGCAUCCUACAGAAAAUUUGGCGUCCCUGGAAUGGAGCUGCCUGGGUGACUUCCCAGUGUCUAUGGAUUGUGUAGCUGAGGGUGCUUGCUUUUGGGUUUGCUGUGUUACAGAAUCCUCCCCCUUCCCUUCUGCUUUCUUCUUCUUUGUGUUGGUCUUGGGUUGGUUGGUUGGUUGUGCAAUAUAUGGUGUUCAAAACCCUCACUUGUGCCACUUAGGGGCUGACCAGCCUUUAGUCAACAGGCCUCUGGUUGCUUAGAGGUUGGGGCUGAGGGCUGUGGGUGUAAGCUGCGCUGUCUUAACAAUGGCUGAGCCAGGGGUUGUGUCUUGACUUUCUGUUGGCAUUCCCCUCCCCCCUAAUCCAAGUCCUGUGGGUAAGUGGUUGGUCACCUUUGCUUCCUCUGCAGGUGCUGAGAAUAGAAUCUUGCAUGCCAUCUUUCACAAGGAGGGCUGUCCCAUCUCAGGCUCUAGGGAGUGUUUGUGUUGGGUGGAGGGAAGAGCCUCAGCCUUCUCAUUGUCAUGGAAAUGAUUUGAGGCUGGGGUUUCUUGAAGCAAGGGGGAUUUGCCCUGAAAGGCAGGCAUGCCAUGCCAAAGAGUGUGACCUCUGGCCACUUGCAGCAGUCCAGUUAGCUGUCACUGCAAACAAGAAAAAGGAAACUGAGCUUGAGGAAAGAGGCAGAGCAUCUGUGCCUUGCAAAUUCUCCCAGCAAUACAGAUCGGUGGGAUUUCAUGCUGCCAUGGUUCCCUUUGAAAAAUCCUUUAGACUGGCUCCCUGAGGCUGCUUUGUGUCUUUCCCUUCCUCCCUUUUUUCUACACGCCAGGCAACUCUUCUCUCCUCCUGUCUGUUGCUCGACGUAUCAUAAUGUUGCUGACCAUUAGCCAUGCAAUGUUUCUCAGUGCUGCUGCCCUUUCCGAGGGCAAGUGCCUGAGGUCCCCGCUCCCAUACUCCAAGGUUGCCAGUCAGCAAAAAAAAGUCUAGAUAGGGUCUUCUGUGUAGAUGUCUCUUGAAUAGGGUUCCUUGUAGCACUGAUGCUGAGACCUUGGGCCCGUCAGAAAUGGCUCCUCACACAAGGAGAGGCAGAACUGAACAUUUCCCACAGCAGGCCUCAGCAGCUGGGAGGGGAGACUGAUAGACUGCAUUACCAAGCCUCUCAGGCAGGACCCCCCAGAACAGCAGCACAGAUGGCAAGGCUUCCUCAGCAUCUGCCCCAGGAAGUGUGUGAGAUGCACUGAAGCCGGUUGGACCAAAGACCAGAUGGUCCCUUUGCUCUCCCCCUUCUAAUUGUGUUUACAGUGAGCUUAAAAGGACUUGCUACUUGCUGUGUGUAUGACCAUCCCAUUUCGGCUUCUGGGAGCUUCUCAAGGCUCCCCUCCCCACGCUGUUUCCCAAACAUGCAUGUUUUAAAGCCCCUCCCACAUCACUGUCAACUCCCGUAAACAGCAGGGUUGGUUUUGUUAUUAAAUUUCUGGCCAGAUGCAAGUAAAUGGUGCAGGGGCCUCCUUACAUCCUUUGCACCAAAGACAAAAGUUUUGCAGGUGGAAUUCAUGGCAGGCAGGCAAGGCAGGAAGGCAGAGCAGAGGUCCUUGAGCAUUGGUCCUGUGCAUACCUGUAAGGCCCCUAAAAGCCCCUACCUAGAGCAGCCUCCACAAUCCUGCAGAGUUUGGGUCUUCUGCCUUUUCUAAAAUAAUGUUUUGAGGGAUUCCUUAUCUAACAGUCUCGCUCUCGCUCACUCACUCCUGGUUCCUCCCUCCCUGCUCCUAGAAUCACUCCUUCAAUACUCACUCCCUUUUCAUUCUCAGAUGCACUUUAAACACAUUUGUUCAUUUUGACCUUGAAUGCCAGCCCUCUGCGAUCAUUCCUUCAUGGAAUCAGCUCCAAAACUAGUAGAGGUGUUUUUUGGUGUGUUUUUUUAAGCAUCAUUAUUAAAUUAAGAGCACUUGCCAGCAUCUCUUCUGUGGAACAGGCACCAGAGAUCUGGAAGCUGAGCGAACCCUCCCCUUCACUCUGGAGUGCCUUACGCCUCAUGAAUGUUACCUAACAGAGGGAGCAGAGUCGUGCCUCAGCUCCGUCCUGUAUCAAAAACUCUGCUGCUUGGCUGCAGCAGGCCACCCUGGCAGGAUUCUUGGGAUGCUCUGGAGCCUUCUGACCCUCUCUGGGUGUCGCUGGCACUGACUGCUGUUGCUAUGCCUGCACCUCUGCAGAGAGUGUAUAUCUGUCUGGACUGGAAAACCAGGACGUUGGGAGAUGCCCUGCUCCUCUUCCAGUGGAAGUUCCCAAGAACUCCUGGUCCAAAGCGCACAAAGGCGGGGGAGCAGCUUCCUUUCCUGUCCAACCGGGAAGCCUGCAUCUUCAUCAUGCAGCAUUUCUGCAGAUAUAUUUCCUGUCCCACUUUGGUUUUCAAUGCUACUACCUGGUUUGUAUAUCAAUAAAGAGUUGUUUUAGCUAC